UAGCGGUCAGUAGAUUAGUGACGACGGUCAGGGAAACAACGCGUUAGUACAUCGAUAAAUUUUUUAGAGACAUUUUCUAUGAGAAAGAUGGGAAUUACUGCGGGAGUGGUUUUGGCAAGUUGUGUCCUUGUCACACUUGCCACAGCUUCUUCCUCACCUGGCACGACGGAAAUCCAAUACUUCAUCGUGAAUGCGUACAAUAUACCAAAUCGUGACCUUCCGGGUGAUCUGAGUGACCCCUACUUGGUUAUCAAGAACAGAACAGGCGGCACCGUCUAUAGGUCAAACUAUCAAGAUAACAAGAUAAAUGCGACCUUCGACCCGGUCUCUUUUAACGUGCUACCUAACGAGAUGUAUCACAUCGAUAUUUUGGAUCGCGAUCCCAUAAGUGAUGACGAGACUUGUGGCAGUGUCUACGUACUGGGGCACAGUCUGGUGGGAAGUCCCCAUAAUUUGUCUAACCCAAGUGGGGGUGGGUCGUGUUUCGCUGGAAAUUUCCAACCCUCCCACCAACAACUACAAGUACAACGACAACUACAACGACCUUACGGACGACAACCAUUCAAGCAACAACGACACCGGAACCAACAACCACCCUUAGAACGACUACAACCACACAGCCCGGUUGUGUCACAUGUGCCGCGGUAAAGUUUGAGUUGGCCGGUAUGAUUUUUGCUAUAGCGGGAAUUUUGUCUCUGGGGAUAUCCCAAUGAUUAAAGUGGGCGGGUAGCGUACGAACACACAUCAACGUAGAUGAAAAUAUAUAAGUGACUUAUAUGAUUUCAGCAAGAUUAUAUAUUGCUGACAUUAGCAAUAAAAUUUAAUUUAAUAAUAUCGAAUAAUUCGAUCGGAA